ACCUUACCACAUGAGACCAGCAGACAAAUACAUGUGCUUUUAGGUUGUAAAAAAUAUUUAAAAGUGUAUAAAUAUAAUAAUGGAAAGUGAUUCUGUAAUUGAACAAAAAAGACUUUUAUGCCGUUUUAAAUCCGAAAAUGGAGAAAUUGCUGGAGAUAUGAUGGAUCUUCCUAUAAACUGCUCUAUACAACAACUUACGAUUAUUUGCAAUGCUUUGCUAGAACAACAAGACCCUGUACCGUAUUUAUUUUACGUUAACGAAACAGAAGUAACCCACACAUUAGAAAAAGCUUUGAACGUUAACGAAUUGAAUACAGAAGGAGUUGUAGAUAUAAUUUAUCAACAACAAGCUGUAUUCAAAGUUCGACCAGUUACGAGAUGUACGAGUUCUAUACCCGGGCACGCCGAAGCUGUUAUCUCGGUUAGUUUCAGCCCGGACGGGAAACAUUUAGCAAGUGGAUCCGGUGAUACCACAGUUAGAUUCUGGGAUAUAGCUACCCAAACACCGAUGUAUACCUGUCAGGGGCAUAAAAAUUGGGUGUUAUGUAUAGCUUGGUGUCCAGAUAGUAGCAAACUUGCUUCUGCUUGUAAAGAUGGUAAAAUCAUCAUUUGGGAUCCGUUUACUGGGAAACAGCUCGGAAAAACUUUAAUGGGACAUAAACAGUGGAUAACUAGUUUAAGUUGGGAACCCUAUCACAAAAAUCCUGAAUGUAGAUAUUUAGCUAGUUCUUCAAAAGAUUCUGAUAUAAGGAUAUGGGAUGUUGUGUUAGGUACUACGAUUCUUUGUAUUUCUGGUCACACAAAAAGUGUAACUAUGGUAAAAUGGGGUGGAACUGGAUUGAUAUUUUCAGCCUCGCAAGAUAGAACUGUGAAAGUUUGGAGAGCUAAGGAUGGGGUAUUAUGUAGAACAUUAGAAGGACAUGCUCAUUGGGUUAAUACUUUAGCUUUGAGUACUGAUUACAUUUUAAAAAUAGGAGCUUUUGAUCCAGUAAAAGAUUCUAAUAAAGAUACUUUAAUGCCUGAUAAGAAAAAAUCUCAAGAGUUCGCUUUGAAAAGGUAUUAUGAAGUUACAGAAGCUCAUGGGGAAAGAUUAGUUUCUGGUUCUGAUGAUUUUACAUUAUUUCUUUGGAAUCCGGAAAAAGAUAAAAAACCCCUAGCGAGACUUACCGGUCAUCAACAAUUAGUUAACGAUGUGAAAUUCUCACCUGACGGCAGGAUAUUAGCAUCAGCAUCAUUUGAUAAAUCAAUAAGAUUAUGGGAAUCUAAAACUGGUAAAUUUAUUUGUACCUUACGGGGUCAUGUACAAGCUGUUUAUAUGUUAUCAUUUUCUGCCGAUUCCCGGCUAAUGGUUAGCGGUAGCGCGGAUUCUACUUUGAAAUUAUGGAAUUUGAAAACGAAAUCUCUGGAAAUAGAUCUACCAGGACAUGCUGAUGAAGUUUACGCUGUUGAUUGGUCGACUGAUGGUUUGAGAGUCGCUUCUGGAGGGAAAGAUAAGGUUUUAAGGUUAUGGCAGAAUUGAAAUAUCAAGUAUUAUAUAAAUAUAUUUUUAUGAAAUUCA